AGUUUCCAACAACACCGAUCAAUUCACAAUUUACAGCUGCUGUUGUUAUAGGGACUAGGGAGAGAGUCGGCACCAGAGAGAGAGAUGGGGAGAAGGAAAGGAGUAGACUUCGAUGAGUCGCCGCCGGACGACUUCGAUCCGUCGAACCCGUACAAGGACCCGGUGGCGAUGCUGGAGAUGAGGGAGCACGUUGUGCGGGAGAAGUGGAUUGAGAUUGAGAAGGCCAAGAUCCUGAGGGAGAAGCUCAGGUGGUGCUACCGCAUCGAAGGUGUCAACCACCUCCAGAAAUGCCGCCACCUCGUCCAGCAGUACCUCGACUCCACCCGUGGAAUCGGCUGGGGCAAGGACGGUCGCCACCCUUCCCUCCACGGUCCAAAGGUUGAAGCUGUUGAGUCCAACUGAUUCACAGCUUAAAUUAUUUGAGGGAACUCAAUUGGGUUUGAAGGUGAAUGCUCAAACAAGAUGGAAGUGGGGGCCUGCCACUGGUUGUAUUUUGGUUCCUUUUCUAUUUUUUUGGACUUCCAUCAUCCAAAUAUAUCUCUUUGCUUUUGUUGUAUCCAGAAGCAAAAUGUUGUUGCUUUGGCUGUCAUCAUAGAUUUUAUUUUCUGAUAGCAUCCAACAAAUGGCAGUGUCCAGACUAGGCUUUGAAUCAAAAUACAUGAGAUGAUUAAAUAAAGUUUCUUUACGCUGCUUGGUUGUACCUAA